CUUUUUAGUAUUAUAUGUAUGCUAUAGCAUUAAAAUCAUUAUCUUUCUAUUUGUUAAUCCAAUGCCUAGAGCAGGCGUUGGGAAGUCAGUUGAUUGACUCUUGUCACAUGGGUGUGUGAGUUUGUAUUUAUCGAGUUUCUCCCUCUUGCUCUAGAUUGUGUGAGUAAAAGUUCCAUUGGGUUGUUUACUAGGAAUAAUGAAAAAAAAAAAAUUCAAAAGGAUUUUAAAAAAUCAUUUUUAGGUGAAUUAUUUUCAACUUUGUUCCAUAAAGAAGUCUUUGAAACUGAUUCACCAACCUUAAGGGAAAAAAAAGGACUACUUUUCAUCGGUAGAACACAUAUAUCUUCAUAUUAAGAUCGUGAAAUCACCAUCCUUUACAUCCAUGGCAUAUUAGGUAUGAUUUUAUCAUAAUCUUAAUCUAUUGUGUCAGUUUUAAGAGACUCCAGAUUAGUGGUUGGCAGGUAAGAAUCCUCUGUGUGCAAUUCUGUCGCAAGCUGGGUUUUAAAAACAGGAAUCGGUGAUGGAAUUCGGAUUGGCUCGGAAAUGGCUGGAGUCGGCCGGAAUCAGUCCCACUGGACCCUAGAAUCGGCCAUUUUAUUUGAAAACCCACCGAGUCUGGAAAAUCUUGGCAGGAAUAAGAAUUGGUUCCGACCGAUUUCCGAUUUUGAAGCCCUGACUCACAACUCCAAAAUUAAAAGGCAAACGGCGCGAAUGUGCCGUUCAAACUUCAAAGCUCUGUUCUUUUCCCCCAUUCCUCCAACGUCAUCUCCCUCUCCCUCUCCGAUGUACUCCGGCGCUGUUGAUUCCAUCACCCACCAAAUCAGCUCAAACCCUCCUCAUGAAUCAAAGCCCUAGACUUCUCUGUCUGAAACUCCGAAUCUUUUUCAUCUUUCUUUGUUUUCUUUCUCAUCUGCUUCAAACUUUCCUCCCUUCAUUCUUCAGUUCCGAGAUGCUGUCUAGAUACGGCCAUGGAAAGGGAGGAUAACCUUCCACCCCCACCUGCAACUUCCCAAAGCUUCUCGCGUCUCUCUCGUGCCUUCUCUUCAUCCUCAUCAUCGACGACAUCCUCUUCAUCGUCAUCCUCAUCAUCUUUAACCCCAGAUUUUGUUCGGCAUGUACAAGCCGCUCUCAAGCGUCACAGGCCUCUUGGUACAGUGCAAUCUGAAAGUCUCCGACCAAGACGUGUACUGGUAUCCCAGAGAGAAUCGGAGAAGGGCAGUGAGAAGUCUGAAGACGCCGUGUUAUCGAGACAGGCUAAUGCAACGCAUGAUUUGAUUGCUGGGAGGGAAAAUGCGAUUGCUGUUGCUGGAGAAGUUCCUGAUGAUUCAUCAAUUACUCCUCCUUCCAAUUCGGCAACAGGCGCACAAACUCAUGACCAAAACUUAGAGCCAUUUGGUGUGAAGGGAGAAAAUACAAAACUUGAUCUGGAUGGCCGAAAUGAUGAUGGAGUUUCUUCUUCGUGUCUAGAAUCUCAACACCUCCCAGCGGUUGAUGUUCCAAAUAAAGGUCAAAUUUCUUUGGGCAGCAAUGUGGAUCCCCACAAAAUGGAAUGGAUUGGGAGCAAUCGGGUGGAGAUAUCUACUGCUAAUGAUCACAACUUGAAGCAACGAGAAUCUCAGCAACCAGAAGUUUUGGGCAUCAGCUUGAGAUCAGAUGGUGGAAUCUCUUCAUUGCUUGCAAAAAGAAGUGCUUUGUACCAGGACCAGCGACAUCAAUCAAUGACAUUUAUCGGAAAAGACAUUGCCCACCCCAUGACUCAAUCCUCGCUUGUGGUUUCAACGUGUGCAACCACAACAUCAGUCCAUUCAUUAUCUGCACCAAUGCUGACUUCAAAAACCUACACCUCUUGUCUUCAAGAUAGUAGUUCCCGUAUGGACAAAGAACCUUUAGAAGAGCUCAAGGGAAAUCCUCAACCUACAGCUCAAGGUGAUGCCGUGAAGCCAUGUUCUACAUUUCAAUACAACAGUGAGAUGGUAAUAGACCAGAAAGAUAUUCCAAAUCAAUCAUCUGCCUUUGCUUUCGAUGCUGCAUUGAGAGUUAAUGAUCAUGGCAUUUUAAAGGUUCAGCAAGACUGUAACGUGAAGGAAUGCGAGCAGCCACAUAAUGCACAAGUUGACCAUGGGAAAGGUUCUCAGUUUGAUGAUAAACCAAAGGAAGGGAAGGAAUUUCCAGUUAAUGGUCCUGAUGUAACUUGUCAGGCUCCAUCGUCAAGAAACACAUAUUCGGAUGUGAAAUUGGAACCUUCCAAAUCAGGAAAACCAGAAAAGGCUUCAACUGGAAAAGGGGCAUCAGUUCGUAAAAAGAAUAACAAUGCUGAUUUGUUCUUUAGAGUUAAUGGGAAACUCUACCAAAAGCUUGGCAAGAUUGGGAGUGGAGGAAGUAGUGAGGUCUACAAAGUCAUUUCAGCCGAUUGUACAAUCUAUGCCCUUAAGAAGAUCAGGCUUAAGGGUCGUGAUUAUGCCACUGCAUGUGGGUUUUGCCAGGAGAUUGGGUAUCUAAACAAGCUAAAGGGAAAAAAUAACGUCAUUCAGCUUAUUGACUAUGAGGUGACAGAUAAAAUAUUGCUUGAGGAAGUCAUGAGUGGUUCAAUGAAUACAAAAGAUGGCAGAAUCAAGGAUGAUGGAUACAUUUACAUGGUACUUGAAUAUGGAGAGAUUGAUUUGGCUCAUAUGCUGUCACAGAAGUGGAAAGAAAUUGAUAGUUCCAAUUGGUCCAUAGAUGAGAACUGGCUCCGUUUCUAUUGGCAGGUACUCUCAACACCUUUUCUUAACUCCCGGUUCUUAGGUGUAGCUGUACACUAUAUUGUGAGAGAAAUUGUGACAAUGAAUUCUGCUCUUCUUUUUUUUUUUUUUGGGGGGGGGGGGAGUGGGUGUAUUCAGGAUUUGUCCUAUGAGGAUUUACUCGGAAUGCUGCCAAGAUAUCCUUGGACUGACUGCUUUGUUCCUUGAGAUGAGCUUUCUUCACCUUUCGUUCCUAAUCUGUGUGAUAAGUGCAGAAAAUUCCUCAUAUUCCACACAGCUAACCUUGACAAUGAAUUUUUCCCCCUUUCUUCGGCUAGGUGUAUUUUGGGAUUCGUUCUACUCUCAGCCAUCCAUUUUCUGACGGAGGUGUCCGUUUAAAUGAGCAAUCCAAUAUGAAAGCUAGGAAAGAGAUCUGCCUUACAGUAUGUGAAAAUCUCUAAGAUCCUGCAUCACCCACCCAUUACUAAAAGACCAUUCAAUUUGGAUGCGAUGAUAACCUCUUAUGAGAAUGAGUCAAAGCCAAACUUAACGGAUAAGAAUUCAGCUCUUGUUGAGUCUCCUCCUAUAGACCAAAAUAAGGACCACCUCACUGUCAUAUGACUGACAGAACCCUGUAUUCCUGAUGGUUCUGGUUACCUGGAGAGCAACCAUCAGUUCAUGUUGACAAACCCUUCAGUGGGAGGACGACUUCAAAUCUGAACAACCCUUGUCUGAUGUGAAAUUGAUAAAAUUAAAUGACCCCAAUCCCUGAAUAACAACAGUGGGAAUAUUUGUAAAAGACAUCGCCAUAUCUGCCCAACAAGCUGCAUUAAUGGUAAUCUUGUCAAUAACCGGCUGAGCAUCUGAACACAAGUCCUGAAUCAAUCUCUUAUGAUGCUCUUCCCUAGUACACCACAUAAUGGCAAUAAGGACUGCCUUCCAAUGAAAAUUACCUUCUUCACAAAAUGGUAAGAUGCCAGAACCAAACUAGCUUAACAAAUAACUACAUCCCAGUAAAAGUCACUUUCUGUUUGAAGACCUGCAGAAGUUGGAGCCAGAAUCUAAAAGCUAAGGGGUGAUAGAGG